AUGUCAUUAAGUACUGCUCUGUCAAUAAUUCAAACACAAAUAAAUCGUUAUUGUAUUCCAAUAAUUUUAUCAUUUGGUAUAACUGGUUCAUUACUUAAUAUUUUACUUUUCUCACGUAGAGAAUUCCGUAAUAUUUCCUGUUGUAUAUAUUUUCUAUCAGCAUCUGUCGGAAUGCUUAUUGCGAUGUGUUUUGGCUUAAUGCCACGUGUCUAUUCUGUAUAUUAUCCUGAUCCUAUCAAUACAAUAAACGCAUUUUGUAAAACCCGUAUCUAUUUUGGUCAAUGUAGUGCAUUGAUAUAUCGUUGGUUGUUGACAAUGGCUUGUAUAGAUCGAUAUACUUCAUCAACAACAAAUGCUCGUAUACGAUGGUUUGCCAAUGUACGUAUUGCUUAUCGUGUUGUAUUAAUUACUACAAUGAUUUUAAUUCUAUUCUCUAUACAUAAUUUAUUUUAUCGUACAAUUAAUAAAGAUUUAUGUAUUUUAUCUUCUGUUGGUUCGAUAGUUUACAAUACUAUUUAUGUAACUACACUCGGUGGUGUUAUUCCACCAUUAAUUAUGAUUAUAUGUGCUGUACUUAUUAGAAAUAAUCUACGAAAUAAACGAGAACGUCGUCGAACAAAUGCUCCAUUAGGAAAUGAAGAUCCAUCAGUUCGUAUACUUCAAAUACGUGAUCAACAAACACUUGUUAUGUUAUUUGUACAAAUUAUUUUUUAUAUUUUAUUAAUGUUACCUUGGACAAUAUUCAUAGUUUAUAGUGCUUUUACAUCAAAAAUAAAACAUAAGACAAAUAAUCGAAUAGUUAUUGAUUUAUUUAUUGAAUAUGCAACUGAAACUCUUGGUUAUGCAUAUUCAACAUUGUCAUUCUAUUUAUAUACAUUAACUUCGCAUACAUUUCGUCAAAAAUUAUUAAAGAUUAUAUAUUCAAUCUUAAAAUAUGUAAAUCGAUGUUAUAUUCAUCCUCAACGUAUUCAACCAAAUUAA